UUGUUUUUUGCGCCUGGGGAUUGAACUACUGCUAAGAAAAAAGAGAUGUGGCCAUGUGGAGGCAGUAGUAAGUCAGGCCUAUCUUGACCACUGACUCGAGGGGAGAUCUGAGCCGCUGCGAGCUGCCGGUUUGCCUCUCCCCAGAUCGAAGAUGGCGGUGUCCGUGUUCUCAGGCGUGCGCCUCCUCUCCAUCGGAGACGCCAAUGGAGACAUACAGCGACAUUCAGAGCAGCAGCCCUUGCGACUGGAGAUUAAAACCACCCAAGAUGCGGCUCUGAUAAGCCUCUCAAACAAUGAAGAUACGUGCGUGUUUAAGUGUUCAGUGUCAAGUGAGACAGAAUGCAGUCGUGUUGGGAAACAAUCCUUCAUUGUUACUUUGGGUUGUAACAGUGUCCUCCUCCAGUUUGCAUCUCCAGCAGAUUUUUCAUCGUUCUAUAACCUCCUGAAGAAUUGUCGUGGACAUGGGGGUGAACGAUCUGUCUUUAAUGAUAGGACCGAGGAGUCCUCAGCUGUACAGUAUUUCCAGUUUUAUGGCUACCUCUCUCAACAACAAAACAUGAUGCAGGAUUACGUCCGAACUGGAACAUAUCAACGAGCCAUCCUCCAGAACCAUACUGACUUCAAAGACAAAGUGGUGUUGGAUGUAGGUUGCGGUUCUGGGAUUCUGUCGUUUUUUGCAGUUCAGGCUGGUGCUCGUAAAGUCUAUGCUGUGGAGGCCAGCACCAUGGCUCAACAUGCUGAGGUUCUGGUAAACAGUAACAGGCUUUCUGAGCGUGUUUUGGUGAUUCCUGGAAAAGUGGAGGAGGUUACUCUACCUGAGCAGGUGGACAUUAUCAUCUCUGAGCCCAUGGGCUACAUGCUGUUUAAUGAAAGAAUGCUGGAAAGUUACCUUCAUGCCAAGAAAUUCCUCAAGCCCAACGGAAAAAUGUUCCCUACCAUUGGAGACGUUCACCUCGCCCCUUUCACAGACGAGCAGCUUUACAUGGAGCAGUUCACUAAAGCCAAUUUCUGGUAUCAGCCAUCUUUUCAUGGUGUGGAUUUGUCUGCGCUGAGAGGAGCUGCAGUAGAUGAAUACUUCAGACAGCCUAUUGUGGACACUUUUGAUAUCAGGAUCUUGAUGGCCAAAUCAGUCAAAUACACAGUCAACUUUUUAGAAGCUAAAGAAGAGGACCUGUACAAGAUAGAAAUUCCCUUUAAAUUUCACAUGAUGCAUUCAGGCCUUGUGCACGGACUGGCUUUCUGGUUUGAUGUGGCAUUCGUGGGAUCAGUGAUAUCUGUGUGGCUCUCCACAGCUCCCACAGAACCCCUCACUCACUGGUACCAGGUUCGCUGUCUGCUUCAGUCGCCCCUCUUCGCUAAAGCAGGAGACACAAUGUCAGGCACCGUUGUUUUAAUGGCCAACAAGAGACAAAGCUAUGACAUCAGUAUUGUUGCCCAAGUGGACCAGACAGGCUCCAAGUCCAGUAAUCUACUUGAUCUCAAGAAUCCCUAUUUCCGGUACACAGGCACCACGCCGACCCCGCCUCCAGGAUCACAUUAUAGCUCUCCCUCAGAGAACAUGUGGAAUACUGGGGGUACCUACAGCAUGAGCCAAGGCAUGGGUGUGUCAGGGAUGCCUGCAGCCUAUGACCUCAGCACUGUCAUUGGUGGCAGUGGCUCAACAGUCUCCCACAACAAUCUCAUCCCCAUUGGUACAGAUACGCAUGCACUAAACACAGGGAUUGUGAAUCACACUCACUCCAGAAUGGGAUCCAUCAUGAGCACAGGAAUCGUCCAGGGGUCCACAACUGCCCAGCAGGGUCCCAGCAGCAGCAGUCCUUAUUACCCCGUCACCAACCAGUUCACCAUGGGCGGCCCAGCGAUCUCCAUGGCGUCUCCUAUGGCCAUCCCAAGCAACACCAUGCACUACGGGAGCUAAGGCAAACGGAUGGCCUCUGCAUGUCCAGAACUCCCACCCCUUUCCUGCUCCCUCUACAAACCAACCGCAGCCAAAUUUAAAAUACCAAAACCAGUGCACCAGUCUCUUGACCAUCACUUUAUCCUCUAUCUAUAUAUAGAUAUACAUGUAUACGUAUAUAUAUAUUCUAAAUUCUAUCUCUUGCUCUCACUGGUGUUUUAUUUGUACAUAUCCGUCCCGCAGUCCUAUAAUGUCAGCACGCACAGACCUGUCAACGGUGCGUAACUGUUCCUCUUAAAUACCCUCUCCUCCACCACCAACAACACUGAGUCUGCUCCACAACCAGCCACUAGGAGGCAGCACUUGUUUGCAAGUAUGCUGUGAAGCACAAAUCAGACUCGACACCCAAUGCAAAAGGAAUCGGAUGGAGAAACGCUGACAACGGGACAAGACUUUUUUUAUGAAUGUGCUCAUGUGCACUCCUUCCCUCUUAAUUCACAAACUCCCACCUUUUUAGCUGCACAAAUGCUGUCAAUGACUGGAUGUGAAUUUAUGAUCAAUUUAAACCAUUAACUGUCAGCUUUUACGUUAUCCAUGACAUCAACUGGCCUUAGCAUCUCUAUUCGUUCAGCAUGGUCUUUAGACGACCACCUAGAUGUUAGUAACCUACCAUCGUUCACCAGAAGAGAUGGACGCAUGCUGUGGAUGGUGUUUCGGCUACGAGCACGGUACUGGUGGAACCUGCCUGUAGACGACCACAGCAUAGAUGGAGAUCGUCUUACUUUCAUUCCAUUUGCGAUUGUGUUCAUCGAGUGUGUUUUAAUGUAGUGCAGUCCCAAAUUGAUUGGUGUUUCCUAAAGUGUCUCUGGCAUGGUUUGUCAGUCCCCUACCCCAAAAUGACACCAAUCUGACUCCCUUUAAAAAUUGACUGGAAAUGAAUUUAGUCAGCCAAUUUAUAAGGACAGAUUUCAGGGAAAAAAGACCAGCCCCAAACCCUCUGCUACCAGCCAAGGAGGACUGUGGAAUGCAGGGAAGGCAUUUGGCUCCGGGGGAAGGAAUACAGAAGGAUAUCUUUGGACAUGCUGACCACUGCAGCAGGAAACAGUUUGGAAUUGCAGUAUCUUAGUUUACACCCCCGAAUCCUUUCUUGUCAACUUCUGCGUGUUGUAAGACUUGUUGAAGGAAGGAGAAGAUGAGGAACUUAACUAGCUAGAACUCUGUUUCUUCCCUCUCUCCAUCCUUCCCCUCUUACACCGGGCACAUGAUAGCCCCAUCAAAGACUUUGAAGUUGUAUGCAUAUGCAUUGCUUCCAGUCACACACAUUCAGUUCAUUUGGUUUGAUUUAGCAGCGAUCAUGAGAUAAAAGAAACCAUGUCCGCUAGUUUGUAGAAUUAACUUUUUCUUUCACAAAAAAGCAACAUACAAAAUGGAGCAAAUUAAAUGUUGGAGAAGUCCCAAAAUGUGUGGCUACUUAUAGUGGCAUUUGUUUUUUUAAAGGGUUGUUUUGUGUGUUUCUGUUUUGUAAACCAGUCACACAAAUGGGUAUUGUCUGAUUCCUGAAAAGUAAAGGAAUAUGUGGAUUGGUUUACUCUGAAAUGAAACUUAAGUUUACAUACCUCAUGUUGUUUGACACCUGUUUGUCUUUAGCUAACACAAGUAUAUUUUCAGAACGUCAAAGCUGUUUUUUGUGACAACAGUCUGUCGGUGUUUAACACCAAGAACGACAUAAAUGUACCAUAAUAAAGCUUUGAACUCUUCAAGUCAUCUUAAGCCACAUGAUAGCUUUUUGUGAGAAAAAUGGAUAACAAAAGCUUUGAUUAAUAAUCAAUAAUAAAUUCAUUUUACAAUUAUAUUACAAGAUCAUUUUAUUCUGUUUUUCACAAACAGUUACUGUAUCUAUUCAGAAGACGUAUAACAGAUUCUUAUGAUGCUUUUAUGUCCUUGAAAAUGAUCUGUAUUGACAGCCACGUGUUAGUGUUUAUUUUCACUGGACAGAUAAAAAGCAGCUUUAAAUUUAAAACAAAAGACAUGCAGGUGUAAAGCAAUAUCAGAACAUCGGGAUGAUUUGGGGUGACCUGAAAAGGGUGAUUUUUAUGUAUGCAUUCAGUGAAGCAAAGGAAUAAAAUGUUCUGACUUUGA